AUGCACACAAUAAGAGGCAUGCCACGGCGGAGCAGCUCCUUGGACUCUGACGGUGGACAGAAUCAUCUAAUAGAUGCGAUUGCUUCACAAGUCGACCAUCAGACGGUUAACAACAUAAUUGAUGUCCAACGGCAGAGCUUGCGGCGCUUCGAGAAGACAAAUGAAAUGCUAUCAAACUGCACACACUUGAGUGAACGCCGUCUAGAAAGAGCAAAAAAGGAUGCCAAUGUCUACAGAGAAACCAUUAUGCAGAUGAAAUCGGACUUGGAGUUCAUAUUCAGAAAGAUCCGACUCUUCAAACAAACUCUUUCAACAAAUUACCCUGAGAUAUACAGUGAAGCAGAGAAACAAUGCAAAGCUAGAAUGUCAGAGGAGAAAGACGAGUAG